UUGCCGGAGGGUAACGUGGAACUCUUCGUUAACGCCGCCAUCCGGUCAUCGUGCAAGCAAUGGACGGAAGAGAACAGGACGACACCCGAACCGACGGAGAGCACGUGGAAGCGGACGAAAGGCAAUGCAGGAUAUGCCUGGACGGCGCCGAUGCAGAACGGGAGCUUGGUCGCCUGAUUCGACCGUGCCUCUGCAAAGGCUCGAUUAGCUAUGUUCACAUAAAGUGUCUACAGCAAUGGAGAAAUACGUCCACGUCGCAGAGCGCCUUCUUCUCGUGCCCACAAUGUCAUUACAAGUAUCGGUUCUCACGUACCCGUGUCGUUGGCAUUGCGACGAACCCAGUGAUACUUGGUGCCAUCUCCACCCUUCUCUUUACGAUCCUUGCGUUCAUAUCCUCUUCCGUGACGACCUACCUCAUGUCCUUUUUCCAGGAGCCCACAGUCUACUAUUCCUCAUCAUUCUUCUAUGUAUCACCUUUGGAGGUCCUCCAUGAUUUAGUUCGCGCAGCUCUCCGCAUCAUCCAAGACGAAGACAUUGUCGCCGUCUUUGAUGAGGCUCUGCCCAAAGUUCGGGGUAACCGGAGCGGCGAAACGAUGAUGGGCACUACUCGGGCUCCGGGUGUGCUUAGGAGCGCGGUGCAGCGCUUUCUGCUUGGUCUACCGUUGAUUGGAGCGGGCUCGUUGAUACACAUGCUUCUGUCCGUUCCUUUCCUUGGCCCUGUCCACUGGCUCGCCCGCUACCGGGGUAAUCGAAGGAGGAAUAACAAUUCCCGAGAUAUAACAGCGCUGAUCAUUAUCGUCCUCAUUGUCGUAGGCGCCGCUCGCGCUUUGUACAAAGUUUACCAGUUGACCCAGAAAGUCACGAAACAUCUACUUUUACGUGCUGAAGAUGCAAUACUUGAAGUCAAUUGAUAUGCAAGCAAGUCUAAUAAUGUAUAUAUGUACUCAAAAGUGACAACGACGUAUCA